ACAAGAUAUAAAAAAUCCUGGCUCACUAUAUGCAGUACUUUACAUUUGUUUAUCAUUUCCUGGUAUUGUGGAAGUUAUUUGUUUAUUUCUGUGGCUUUCAUGCAACAAAAUGAAGCAGCAAAUACAGAUCAGCUAAUGAAAUAUUCAAUUCAAUGUAUGUAAUUUUACCUGUAGCCAUAUACUAUAUGUGUCUGUGUAGUGUUAGUACCAUUCUGUGUAAAUAAAAUUUUGACUCACUCACAAUAUCAUUAACUGCAUUUAAACAUCAAUCAUUUUUACAAAAUGAAAUAAUAAAAAUAAAUGUGUGUGUGUAAAUGUAGUUUAAUUUUAUUUCAUGUACCUUUUAAUGUAGGAAUUAUUAAAAAGUUCAGAUGUGAGGAUUUAUGGGGUGAUCUGACAAAGAACAAUAAAAAAAAAAAUCUAUAUAAACCCUUACUUAAACAGGUGAUUCCCAGCCGUAUAACCUUAUAAGACCCUUAUAACAGGUUAAGAGCUUAGUGUGGAAAUAAGUUGUGAGCAAUUAGACCAAGGAACCAAGAAGUGAUUUAUCCAUCUUGGAUUCAAGACUUAAAGGGGCAAAAGUAGCUAGUAUUUCACAAAUGCAAAAUCUACAUUUUUUGUUUAACAGGCUAUUAUGGUUUGGGAACCACUACUCUAAAUUUAGUGAUGCAGAGGUUUGUUGAAUUUGUAUUUUUAUCUCUGAUUUUCAUUGGGAUUUUAUUGCAUGUGCCCAGUGCACAAUAUAAUUCACACUGUGGUUAAACUGCAAAUUUCACACUCGUCUAAUCCCUCCCCUUUCCUGUGCGUUAUGACGCACAGCGCUCUGAUUGGCUGUUUCCUUCGUGGCCUGGCAACCAGAAGAGGCUUUACCAAACAGAUAGAUCCCUCAUCAGCAAGCAUUCCUGCUAGCUACAAUCGCUAGCUACCUCUAUUUUCUGGAGACGUUCAACCGUCCGAAUACCGUCAUGUCUUCAAGGACUCUUCCGCUCCUCUUCAUCAAUCUCGGUGGGGAGAUGCUGUACAUCCUGGACCAGCGGCUUCGAGCUCAGAAUAUCCCUGCUGACAAAGCUAAGAAAGUUAUGAAUGACAUCAUCACCACCAUGUUCAACAAAAAGUUUCUGGAGGAGCUUUUCAAGCCACAGGAGCUUUACUCCAAGAAGGCCCUGCGGACUGUGUUCGACAGGCUGGCCCACGCAUCCAUAAUGAGACUUAAUCAAGCUAGCAUGGACAAGCUUUAUGACUUGAUGACCAUGGCUUUCAAGUACCAGGUGCUUCUAUGUCCCCGACCAAAGGACAUCCUCCUAGUGUCCUUCAACCACAUGGAUGCAAUCAAGGACUUUGUGAAAGACACUCCCAGCAUUCUCAGCCAGGUUGAUGAGACUUACAGACAGCUCAUAGAGAUGUACACACCCUUGUCUAGUGGUGAAUUUCAGCUGAUUAGACAAACUCUUCUAAUCUUCUUCCAAGACAUGCAUAUAAGGGUGUCUAUUUUCCUUAAGGACAAGGUGCAGAAUUCCAAUGGUCGCUUUGUACUUCCCACCAGUGGUCCUGUGCCUCAUGGAACACAAGUCCCUGGCUUGAUAAGGAUGUUUAGCUGCACUGGUGAAGAAGUGACCAGACUGCAGUUCAAUAAUGGAGGAAACUACACAGCUGCUAUCCGUGAAGGAUCAUUUGAGAUUUUUGGAGACAGGGUCACCAAACUAGGCACAAACAUGUACAGUGUAAGCCGUCCAGUGGAAACCCACAUGUCCGGAACAUCUAAAAAUUCUGCUCAGCACGCUAAGGUCAGUGCUGCUCCCAACCCUCUGGCCAAAGAAGAGCUGAAUCUAUUGGCCAAGUUAAUGGGAGGGUUAGAGGUUCAGAAACCAGGAAACGCAGACAGUGGCUUCAGAGUCAACCUCUUUGCCACCGAUGAGGAAGAAGAAGAAGCGUUAAUAUCAAGACCAGAUGAGCUUUCAUAUGGAGUCAUAAACAUCCAAGCAACAAAGGACCAACAGGUCAAUGCUGAGCUGGCAAAGAUCAUGGGAGAGUUUACAGAGUCUGGAGACCAAUCUCCCAGCGCCAGCAGCAAGGGAGACGACCUUCUGGCCAUGAUGGACGGUCUGUGACAUGUCACCCCGACAGAAAUGCCCAGGGGGGGUGGGGACCAAUGCAUCGUCAGCAGUGUGCUCUACUGUAGACCAGUCUGCUGUCUGUACCUGCAAAAACACUGCAGCAACCUCAUAUGCAGCCAGAAAACAUUAUUCUUUGGGUGCUUUUAAAAUGCAGAUGCGAGCAGGUGUUUCCAUUGGUUGUCAAAUGACCAACUGCAAAUUUGCAUAGUUAACAACAACGAAUGUAUGGUGAGCCAAGCUUUAAGCUGUAAUACACUGUAAUAGUAUGUUUGCUGUAACUGAGAAGAGUUUCAGUGCAUCAAGGUAUACAGUAGGUCUAUAUCAGAGCAUUGAACGUGUGUAUGUGGUAAUAGCACAGCAUCUGUUUGUAUAAACUGAGACUGCACUGUUCUACAUAAAAUACACAGUCCUUUAAUUUUACACAAGGUCAUGUCUCUUAAAUGUGACUAAUACAUCACAGCUUUAGGUGAUUUUCAGGUUUGUAGUCUAUAAUUCUAUGUUUGUGUAUUGCACAGUAUGAAGAGGGAGUUUGUUUACUUCUGUAUUCUAAUUAACAAGUGAUUUAAAUGAAACCCAAGUGCUCUUUCUAUCAUGAUUCGAAUUCCCUCUAGACUUUAUUUUGGUAAGAAAUGUGUUUAUCUGACAACACACUGCACUACCUUAAAAACAGUAUGAGGAGCAAAUUGUAAGAUAUUUUCCACUACCCUGUGAUGUCUUUGAAUGUUUGAUUUGACCCACAUAUGUGCUCAUUCAUGAGCACAUAAUUAUAAUAGAAAAUGAUGCAAUAUAACCAAUUGUCUAAUAUGUAAAUAUGUUUAUUGCAUACUUUAUUUAUUCCAAUGUAUCAUUUUCUGUGUAUAGGGACAUGCAUAUUGCUGCAAUUGUCAAAUUGUUGGAUGUGCAAUGUAGGAUUUUUAAUAAAUAGUUAAAUAAUA